AUGGGUGUCUUCACGCAAGGUACUGGCCCAUUCGGUGAAUUCACUGUGAAACCCUUCACCCCCGUCAUCAUUCUCGCCGCAUUUGCCUCGUUCCUCGGGCUUGCAGUCGUACUGAACGUCUUGAAGCAAUUGCUUUUCAAAAAUUCCAACGAGCCCCCGCUCGUAUUUCACUGGUUUCCAAUCCUUGGAAGUACAGUCACAUAUGGGAUUGACCCCUAUAGCUUCUUCUUCGCAAAUAGGGCCAAGUAUGGAGAUGUUUUUACAUUUAUCCUUCUGGGGCGCAAGGUGACAGUGUGUCUGGAUAUCAAGGGCAACAACUUCGUUUUGAACGGCAAGCUGAAGGACGUCAAUGCGGAAGAAAUCUACAAUCCCCUCACUGGACCCGUCUUUGGCAAAGACGUUGUAUACGACUGCCCCAAUUCGAAACUCAUGGAACAGAAGAAGUUUGUCAAGUUCGGCCUGACAACCGACGCUCUCCGCUCGUACGUGCCCCUCAUCACCAGCGAGGUCCAAGACUUUAUCAAGCGGCACAAGGCAUUUAAGGGACAAAAUGGCACCAUCAACGUCACCAAGGUUAUGGCUGAGCUCACAAUCUACACGGCCUCACGAUCCCUUCAAGGACAGGAGGUGCGCAAUAUGUUCGAUUCUAGCUUCGCUGACUUGUAUCACGAUCUGGAUAUGGGGUUCUCUCCUAUAAACUUUGCGUUGUCAUGGGCACCACUUCCUCAUAACGCUGCUCGCGAUCGCGCUCGGGAGACUAUGAUUCAGCUAUACUCUGAGAUUGUGAGGAAAAGGCGGUCCGGCCAAGUCAGUAAGAAGGAACACGACAUGAUCUGGCAUUUAAUGGACUGUAAAUACAAGGACGGCACACAAGUCCCUGAGCAUGAGAUUGCAGGCAUCAUGAUAGCGCUGCUUAUGGCUGGCCAGCACUCGUCUGCCUCCACCAUCGCCUGGAUCAUCCUCCGUCUCGCCACCAAGCCUGAGGUGGUCGAGGAACUCCUUGAGGAGCAAAGGUCCGUACUUGGGGUUGAUCUCCCCCCUCUUACCUACGAGAAUCUUGAAAAGCUCCCUCUGCACGCUCAGGUCAUCAAAGAGACGCUGCGUAUGCACGCCCCUAUUCAUUCCAUUAUGCGAAGAGUCAAACAGCCCCUUGUUAUCGAAGGCACGAACUACGUUGUACCCGCUUCCCACAAUGUUAUGUGCUCCCCUGGCUUUUCUGCCCAGAUGGAUUCCAAUUUCACCAACCCAUCCAAUUGGGACCCACAUAGGUGGGACGCUGGCAUAAACAACCCUGAGGAGGUGGAUAACAACGAAGAGAUGAUCGAUUACGGCUGGGGUGUGGUCUCUAAAGGGACCAACUCUCCAUACCUCCCCUUCGGCGCAGGUAGGCACAGAUGCAUUGGCGAGCAGUUCGCAUAUCUACAGCUCCAGACCAUCCUCGCCAACUUUGUGCGCGAGUUCAAGAUCAAGAAUGUCGGUGGCAACAAGGACAUCAUCGGGACAGACUAUAGCUCCAUGUUCUCGCGACCGCUGUCUCCUGCCAUUGUAGAAUGGGAGAGGAGGGGCAAGGAGCUAUAAUGAGCAUGUAGUUUAAAUCUGCAUAUCAUGAAAUUAGCAUUGUAGGCGACGUAGUUUAGGUGGUAGAUCAUGUCGCACGUGCUGGUUAAAGCUAGGGGUAGUAGACUUAUUAAGCCUUGAUUAUCAUAGGCAACAGCUGAACAUAUAUAAUAGUAAUAAAGUCGCCUAGAAGCGCAAAUCGACGCAAGCAAUUUCACCUCUAGUGAAGGAUAGAUGGGCAAAUACAUAUCGUUGGUGGAGAGCGUGUAUAGCUGUCAGAAAGAGU